GAUCGAUCGAUCGAUUCAAUUCAAACAAUUUAUUGUUUGAAUUUCACUUUGUUCACUUUUGCAAAUAAUAUUUUUUUCAUUGCCCUCGUCCCCACAAUGAAAAUGAAUAAUAAAGUUAGGACGGAUCAUUUUUAGAGUGACAAACUUCUGACGUCAUAGCUAUUGCCUCUUAAAACAACCUGCAUCCGCUGCUGACGUCUUUUGUACAACUUUUUACAACGCAAAAAUACAUAUGGGACAACAAAGUUGUCAUUCUUGAAAACGAUAGAUAUUUAUUUUUAUAUAUUUGGUUGAUAUAUAUUUUUCAUUAAAAAAAUACGCAGCAGCUUUCUGGUUUUCUGUAUUUUAUUUAUUUAUUUUAUUUGAAAGGUGUUCGAGUGGGGGGGCAUUUUACACAAAUUAAACAUGCUACUGUGCUUCGCCCUAUAAGCAUCCAAGAAGCUUGUGCAAUCAAUUGGUACAGUCAAGCAGCAGCAGCAGCAGCAGCAGCAGCAGCAGGAGCCUGCGUGAGAGUGGAGACCUUCAGUCUCGCUUUAUUUCUGGAUAUUGGGGGACCUCUCUACCAUGUCAUAUCCACAAUUUGGAUAUCCUUAUUCGUCUGCUCCGCAAUUCCUAAUGACAAGCAACUCUCUGACCACAUGCUGCGAGUCUACCGGCAGAUCCAUCGCCGACUCCGGAGUGGCUGCGUCCGGGCAGACGCCCGUUUACUGCCCCGUGUAUGAGAGCCGACUGCUGGCGACCGCCAGACAUGAGCUCAGCUCGGCGGCCGCACUGGGCAUGUACGGGAGUCCCUACACGGGCACGCAAGGAUACGGCAACUAUGUUACAUAUGGAACGGACGCCUCCGCUUUUUACUCGCUGGGUACAUUUGAUACAAAAGAUGCCACAGCCUCUGCACAUGCAGGUAUAACCCAAGCGACGGCCUACUAUCCUUAUGAUCCGACUUUGGGACAGUAUCAGUAUGACAGCAGAUAUGGUUCCAUGGAUGGAGGUCCUAGGCGCAAGAACGCCACUCGUGAGACAACUAGCACUCUGAAAGCAUGGCUGCAGGAACACAGGAAGAACCCUUAUCCCACCAAAGGUGAAAAGAUCAUGCUGGCCAUCAUCACCAAGAUGACCCUGACACAGGUGUCCACCUGGUUUGCCAACGCCAGGAGGAGGCUGAAGAAAGAGAACAAGAUGACAUGGCCGCCCAGAAACAAGGGCUCAGAGGAGAAACGAUAUGACGAGGAUGACGACUGUUCUCAGGAGGAGCAGAUAAAAAGUGAAAGUCAUGAAAAUGAUAGUCGAGGUCAAUCCAAUAAAGAUCUUCAGCUGAGCGACCUGGAAGAUUUUGACACUCUGGAGUCAGAGAGUUCGGAGUGUGAGUUGAAGCACAGAUACCACAUGAACCCUCACAUGACAACGACAGGCGACUGUCCCACUGAGCACCUCAUCAAAGAUGUGUCUCUAAAAAUGUCUGGCCCGGCUGCACUCGGGGGGGAAGAAGACUUGAGUAAAAGUUGCCUAAAAACAAAUCAAGAGGAGUUCCAGGCAGAGAGUAGAGUGCAGCCAAAGGCUUGUUACAACCAACAGCCCCAGCACCACAUAUUAGACGGCAAACCUCGAAUUUGGUCUUUGGCCCAGACGGCGACCUCAUUGGUCCAGACUGAUUACCCUUCUUGUAUGCUGAGGUGUCAAGUACCCCCCUCCUCUUCCCUUAGCCCACCAUCAGUCGCUACCUCACCCACCUCAGGCCUGGACCGCAGGCAGGACUCGCCCGUCACCACACUGAGAAACUGGGUGGAUGGGGUCUUCCAUGAUCCCUUGUUCAGGCACAGCACUUUGAGUCAAGCCCUGACCAACACCACUGUAUCCUGGAGCAGCAGCACCACCAAAGGAUCCCUCUUAGAAGCAGAGAAGAGUCCAGGGGUCCUACACCAUGAACAGGACUCGUCCAAAGACAGUGCCAUGAGUUUCAAGACUAUUAACAAACUCUUUUGUUCAUAAUAACACCAAAACAAAUAAUUUAUUUUAAAAAAAAAAGGACAAAAAUAACUGGGAUAGAACCUAUAUGUUGCCUUUUCGCUGGUACAUUCUUUAACACAAUGAACUAUUCCAAUUGAUCCAGAUUUUGUUUUUUCCAACGCACGCGCACAAGUUGUUGAAUUGUAUAAUAUGUUUACAUCUUGAGGUUUACAGUAUUUAUUAUUUAUUUUACUUUCGUUCCUAUACGCAUGCAUAUAUAAUUAAAAUAAUUUGGAGGAUUGGCACUAUUAAAUAAAAAAAGUCUCACGAAUGCACAGCUGUUCAAAAGUUGGACACGUUUUUAAAAAGUCUAACCAAUGCACAGCUCUUCAAAGGUUGGAUGAGUCCCAACAUUGUGCACUGACAAUAAAAAAUAAAUAAAAAAAAGCUUCCGAGGGGAGAUUGUGAUGUUCCUUAAGAGUUGCUGUCUCAGGAAGAGGGACUAAAUAGAUUUUUUUAAUCAUUAUUAAUAAAUUGUAGGUUUAUCAUUUUAAUAGCAAAGCAGAAAUAAGAACAACAGACUAACUCAAAACAUCUCAUUUUAGAA